AUUCCCUCAACCUGCUUGGAUGGUCAGUUGACUCCUUUGUCGAGUCUUGUUCGCGGCCAAUAUCGGUUGCAUCGCUCAUGUGUUGGGUUGCAGGACCUCGUUCUACCCUUGUGGUCGAAGGCGUGCACUACAACGGAGAUCUUCCGUGCGUAUCCCGGCAAGCUAGCAAAUGCCGAGCGCUUCUUAGGUCGUUCGAGGAAAUCUUUUCGGCUCAAUUGACUGCUUUGGACUCAGCAGACUGGCAAAAGGUAGAGGCGGGACUCGUACAGGUCGAGUCUCUGCGUCAAUCGGACGUCAGCGGAGAGAAUCAUAAGGCACUCGACCAGCUUGAAGACCUGAUCACUGAGCCGCUUCCAGUACCAGGUACAAAUGGACUCAGCGUCGAAAUCACGGCCUAUGAGAUCGGACAGCAUGCCCCUGUUGAGGCUCCUAUGGCGCCAGCGGAAGCCAUCGACGCAGCAGAUAUCGACAGACACAUCGAUCAGUUCGGCGGCUUACUUCAGCUUCCCCCUCCGAUCCCAGUUGUCGUUAAUCAACCCCUGGGGGACGCACUCACAAAGGCAACAACGGACACUCUGAUGGUGUCGCAGGACAACGCUGAAGAUCCAAGCGUCGAAACACACGUACCAGAGGCGCUGCCUAGGUUGACGACUCCAGGCUGCGAGGUGGAAUCCAUGGACGUGGACAUCGCAUCAUUGGUGCAGUCUUUGGAUACGGUUGACCUAAAGCCUGCGAUUCAGCGGACAGAUCAACAAUGCUGGACGGAUCUUUCACCUGAGUCUCUCGACUCAAUCUUUGAUGCCUUGCAACGUCGGUGCAAUCCGGAAUAUGUGGCAGCUCGCGAAGAUAUUGCAGAAGGAGACCUGCCGUCUGAUGAGGCUCUCGCUGGAUACCUGAGAGAUUUCACCAACUUGGAUUCUGAUAUCCAAGAGAUACUUCGUCCUUCGAUCCCAAAUCGCGAGGCACAUCGGCAGUCACGAAUGGACCCAGGAACAGGAGGCAGGUCUAGAGAACGUCGUCAUAGAAAUUCCUCAAAGAGGGCUGCACCGGAUCAAGAUGGGCGAUGGGGAACGCCAUACACAGAACGUGGACACCGAGAGCAUUAUUCGCACCGCGCUAUGCGAAUCAACGCUCUGGGCCGACGCGUAUGGGACCCUGCGCCGGGAAUAGAUCUCAAACCUCGCACGCGAAUGAAGCAAGAGCAGUCGCUUCAUACGCGGGUCAAAGAGGAGCAAGACCGUCUCAUGCCUUCUACGGGAGCCUCUCAUAGCAUGGAUCGUUCUCAACCUCCCUCAUGUAGACACUAUUCUCGACCGAGACCUACGCUCUCGACUAUAGAUAACCAUCUCCGAGAAGCGCCGAGCUCUCACAUCAAUGGAGCCUGUAGCGGCGACUUCAACUCCGAGACCAAAAAUACCACGGGGAAAUGCUCUCGAUCUACAAUCGGGAACGAUAUAGAGGAGUGCAACAUCAAGGGCCCAACAGCCAGUCUUCGACCGAAUUCAGACAAGGGGAAAUCGGUCGUCAAAACUUCGUUCUCGCCGUCAAUGUCAGCCGCUCAGCGCAAACGAUCCAUGGUCUCCUCUCCAUUGUCUGGACGAUCGACGGAACACGCCUUCUACGGUCUCAGCCAGUCUAAUUCGCCGGCAGCACCAGAAACCAUGCUACCUGGCGGAGCCGCUUUCCCACUGGUGCAGGACUCAGAGGUCCUGAUUGCUCCUCGUUGGGGUUAUCACAGAAGUUUCCACUCGUCAGUGAAUCGACUUGGCUCGCGCAAGAGGAGACGCUGCUCCAUUCGAGACGCAUGACCCCAGUGCAAACGUUUCUGAGUCAUUUGGCGAAGCAUGUAUCUCUUUCGCUCCCCGCCAUUUCAGCAAAGCUGGAUUAUGCGCACAAUGUAGCUGAGCAUGUCAUUCGGAACACAUAGUGGCAGAGGAGAGUCAGGUCCCAGGUCUAUGUAUUGGCUACAGAACUCUGCC